GUAAAAGAGGUGGACUCUUUGGAAACGCAGUAUAAGAAGGUCCCUACCCCCUAGCCUCAGAUAUGCGAUUGUGAGCGGCACCACAGAUAAGCGUAGAGGAAUAGGGGUAGACCACAAACCCUAAAUUUCUAACCGUCUACACAUACCCCCACCAUUUCUACUGUAGAAAAAAUCCGGCAUCGCGUCGGCGCCUAGGCCGAGAUGAGUAGCCUCCGCCGCCACGACCCCUCGCCGGCGUUGCCGCCGCUGGAGGACGACGACCUCCUCUCCGAGAUCCUCCUCCGCCUCCCCCCACAGCCGUCCUCCCUCCCCCGCGCAUCCCUCGUCUGCAAGCGCUGGCGCGGCAUCGUCUCCGAUCCAGGCUUCUGCCGCCGCCACCGCCGCAACCCUCCCCUCCUCGGUUUCUUCCAAGUAGACAACGGGUUCUCCUUCGUACCUUCCCUCAAGGCCCCGGAUCGUGUCUCGCCCGAACGCUUCUCCUUGCAACAUGAAGAUCGUGACGGACACUUCGUCUCCUUCGGAUGCCGCCAUGGCCUCGUGCUCGUCUUCCUUGGGAAGCGUCUCGAGCUCCUUGUGUGGGACCCCGUCACCGGCGAGCAGCACCGCAUUGCCUUCCCCCCAGGGUUCGACAUGGAUGAAUAUUCCAUCAGCGGGGCGGUGCUUCGCUCUGCCGGAGACGUCAACCACUUCCAGGUGGCCUUGGUUGGCAGCAGUGAGAGACAAAUUACGCAAGCGGUUGCCUACGUUUACUCGUCGGAAUCCGGUAUAUGGGGCAUUCUUAUCACAACACCGCUUCAAUCUGAGGAUCGCACCAUGAUUUCUAUGACCCAGCCUGCUGUGCUGGCUGGGGGUUCUCUUUACUGGUUGCUUGCUGGGAGUUCGGUUGGGAUCCUUGAAUUUGAUAUGGAUAGGCAAAGACUAACUGUGAUACCUAUGCCAGUAAAUGACCUCAGGUUUUUUCAGUUGUCGCUGAUACGGGCAGAUGGCGGUGGAAUUGGUCUCCUCGUUUUAUCAGGCUUCAGCACCCAAUUUUGGAACAGAAGGGCCAAUUCUGAUGGUGUUGCUUCAUGGGUGUUGGGAAGAACCAUUGGAAAUGACCAGCUACUUCACUUGGAAGCAGAGGAAAUGGGGAGCCAAAUAAUACUAGGGUUUGCUGAGGAAAAUAAUGUGGUUCUCUUGUGGACAAUUGACGGUCUUGUCAUGUUACAGGUUGAGUCACUACAGUUUGAGAAAGUCUUGGGAACCAACAUCAUCACUUACUAUCACUCAUUCGAAAGUGUCUAUACUGCAGGCUAAAUUUACUCGAAGAUUAUAUUUCUAUAUUUCCAAUAUGGCGGGGAAUGAGCGUAAUAAUUCUGGAUAACUGUCUCUUCUGACAAGCUAAUAGUCUGAGUGUGCGUCUUUUUCAUUUUUAUGAUAAUCAGUCUUUACUCUUUUUUUUUUGGAAUAUUCAUUAAAUUUGACAGGAGGUCUGUUUUUUUUAUCUUUCCUUCAUGCUGCCUCAAACUGUAUCUAAAUAUCUUGAAAUGUCCUUGUAUCUGUUUGGCUUUUUGUUGGAAUGUCGUUGGUUGUUUGACCUUUUAUGCUUGCAGAAACAUCCAUUGGUGGUGGACAUGAUGGAGCUGAUCUUUUGUACACAUAAGAUUCUUGUCCGGUUAGAUAUGCUAUUGUGAUGCGUUGAGCAGGUAAGCUUAUCUUCUGCAAGCAGGUUCAGGCACUUGAACUCUUCUUAAACAAAAUAUAUUGCUUUCCUUUUUUACUGCCAUUUCUCAAGCACAAGAGAGGAUCCAGGUUUUCUCUACGACACUUUGCUUAGCUGUUGCUCAUCUGGCCACCUGCAACGCCCUCCUGUCAGGCUACAUAUUUGAUCUUUUCUGGACACCAUGCUUUCUCAUCCCUUCAUUAGCAGCUCUCCAUUCUCUUCCUCAUGCCUUCACCCACCUACCUUCUCUGAUGUUCUGCCCCCUCUCUAUUGGAUGUGCUCUUUCACUUUCCUUCCUUGUUCAUCGACCUGCCUUCUUUUCAGUUACCUUCUCCUUAAUACUCUCCCAGUUCUGUUAGACAGGUUCUCCCUCUAGCUCCUCUGCUGACUGCUGACUUAGGACCCUUCCCUUUUUUGUGCAUUUGUUUGUGUCUGCUCGUAGAUGAGAAUGAUGCCAUGUUUAGCGGUCGCAUAAAUAAAUACAUCAUAUUUCACGUGCUUCAUGGAAGCUCUUUUGUUCCUCUUCUACCACAUGCCACAUUGAAUUUGAUUAUUUUUCAUCGUUAUGGAUAUAUCAAGUCAUAGUUUUAUUUGUAUGUUGUUCCCUCUCAUUUGCUGUGUAUGUUCUUUGUUUAUACAGAUUUAUAGCUAUGCCAUUUGCCUGUUUCACAUUGGUGAUAUGAUAUUUGGGAUCAUUACAGACUAUUAUGAUACUUGAAGAGCAUGCUCUCAGUAAAUACUAGGACUAUUUAUCAUUUUGCUUGCAGUUGUUACAGUUUUAUGGACAAUUGUUCUAAUGCCAACUGGUUUGCUUAAAUAUUUUCUCAGCAUAUCUCUCAAUGUUUUUCUAACUGGCAUAUGUAACUGCCAGUUAUCCAACUAUUUGUAAUAAUGGUUUGUGGGCAGUAUGUUUUCUCCACAUUUGGUCAUGUUAGGUGUUCAAUACUUCAUAUUAAAUGCAUGAUCAAAAUGGCCAGAUUCACCAUAAAUGCUACUUUUAUCAUGAAUUGCAUCUUGCACUAACAUUUAUCAUUAGAAGUGUUGGCCAAGGUAUUGUUUCGAUGUUGUACAGAUUUAAAAUUAAAAAGAAUGAAAUAUAUUGUAGAUUGAAUGGAAGUGUAUCUACUGAUAAGAAAAGUACGACUACGAGCUGAGCUGGAAACCAGACGUUCCUCCUUUUCUACCCCAUGACCCUCAUAUGCAUAUCAAAACAAAAGAACUGUUUUAAAUGAUUUGAUAAGCUAAACUGUUCAGAAUUGGCCUCUGAUGGACUUCUUUAAACAACCAACUUUUAGCCUCUACUAAGAUGGAAUGCGGCCAAAAACAUGAUGGUGGCAAUAGAAUUUCUUGGUGUGCCAGUAUUCUACAAAUUACCUAUUGCUUCUCUAUGUUUGUAUUGCUGGCAUUGUGUUAAUGCUGAGAAGAUCCAAAUUUGGAGGUUUUGGUAGAAGUCCACAAUAUUAGUGAAUCCAACGUUUACUGUUUGGAUCAUACAAAAAAUCGGCGAUGUAACUUUAGUAGCUUUUGGAUGAAUGACUUGUACAGAUUGGUUUGACCGAUGAACUGGAAUUACAUUCCGGUGGCAGAUGCAGAGAUGGCUUUUCUGCUGUAGGAUUUUUCUUUUUAUAUGCUAUGCAGGUCUUCUGUAAACAUGAGUCAACUGGCAUGAAGACACAUAUAGUUGGUGUUGGUCCUGUCACUUAACCUCCUUUCAUUUAUUUUUGCAAGCGUUGAGGCAAGCUAAAGUCUUGUGUCCCAUGUAGUGUGGUCGAGAUUGCAACUUCUAAUCUCUGCUUAAACUUUGUUCCGUGAUGUGCGUGCAUGCGCCUGGGUUUGUACUAUUAGAUAUAAAUGUGUAUGUCGAAAAGAUAGCAAUGCUGUGGUAAUGCUAUUAAGAUUUGAAUUUGUACCAUGAUCAACACACAGUUUUCAGGAUCUCAUCACUCUUGGCAAUCCCUUGUAUUGUUACCAGAAUGCCCAGGAUGCGAGUUGUGUUGGAUUUGUUGUUUGUCGAAAAGGAUGUGGAAAGUUUC